GUUAUCUCAUGGAUUUGUGGCGAUGGGAUGUCUUCUCAGGCAAAACAAGUUCCGAUGAGUUAAACAAAAAGUGGUGGGAAUUGAGAAUCAAAUAUCAAGGAUUGUCGCCUCCUGUGAAGAGAUCGGAGCAAGACUUUGAUGCCGGAGCCAAAUACCAUAUAUCGGCGGGCGUUGAAUACAUCAGAUAUUUCGUGUCUUUUAUAAUACAAUUCCAAUUUCAUAAGGCUUUGUGCGGAAGGGCUCAGCCGGACGUUCCUCUCUAUAAGUGCGAUAUCGAUGGCAACAAAGAGGCCGGUCUUAUAUUGUCUGAAGCUCUCAAACUCGGCUCAUCCAAGCCGUGGCCCGACGUUAUGGAGAUAUUGACCGGCAGUAGACAAAUGAGUGCCAAACCAUUGAUUGAGUAUUUCGAUCCACUUCUUAAAUAUAUUGAGAAUGAGAUCCAAAACGAGACGAUCGGAUGGACAGCAGAUGUGAACGCAUAUAUGGAAGCGCCGACUGAGGCCAUCAAAGGCGGGGAAACUGAUUUGGAAACACGUAUUCAAACAUUAGAGACAAACAAUCAGUUAUUAAACAACAGAAUCAUAAAACUUGAAGAGGAAAUGAUUCAUCAAAAGAAA